CUAUACUUACUCAUCACAAGAUAUCUGGGAUUGGACUACCCAACCUUGAUUUUAUCGCGUCUGUUCAAAUAUGUAUAUCGUUUUCGCAAAUGGUAGGGCGAUUCGUGAUAUAUGUUCCUGGCUAGUCGUGAUAACCCUUACAAGGUCUUCUUGAAGCAUUUAUACAUUUUUAUUAUCUAUCUUGGAUAAUAACAAACCAAAAUUUCUGAUAAUUUACCUCGUUGUAAUGUCUAAAUCACCAACACCAACAGUGAAAGGACAAAUAUUUGAGUUGGGACCAAGGUUUGACAAUGUUCAGUAUGUUGGAGAAGGUGCAUAUGGAAUUGUUGUGUACGUUGAGUUGUUUUAUGAGCUAUAAUUAAGAUCGGCAUUCGAUCGUCAACGUAAUGAAAAAGUAGCUCUUAAGAAAAUCUCUCCGUUUGAACACCAAACUUACAGUCAAAGAACAUACAGAGAAAUCUGGAUACUAAGUAGAAUGGAUCAUGAGAAUAUCGUAAAAAUUCAUGAUAUAAUCACGUCAAGUACAUUUGAAGAAAUGAAAGAUAUUUACAUUGUUGAAUGUUUCAUGGAAACUGACCUCUGUCGUUUAUUGAAGACCCAGAAAUUGAGCAAUGAUCAUAUUUGCUACUUUAUAUAUCAAAUGCUCAGAGGUCUCAAGUACAUACAUUCUGCUAAUGUUCUUCAUAGAGAUCUUAAACCAUGCAACAUCUUAUUGAAUGCAGCUUGUGAUUUAAGAAUUUGUGAUUUUGGUUUAGCUCGUAUAGCUGAUCCAGAAUCAGAACAGUCAGGUACAUUGACAGAAUAUGUGGCUACACGUUGGUAUCGUGCACCAGAAAUAAUGCUUACAUCGAAAUUAUAUACAAAAGCAAUUGAUAUUUGGUCAAUUGGUUGUAUUAUGGCUGAAAUGCUUAGUAAUCGUGUAUUAUUCCCUGGAAAACAUUAUAUUGAUCAAUUGAAUUUAAUUUUACAAGUUUUAGGUUCACCAACAAAAGAGGAUUUUGAAACAAUUGUUAAUCUAAAAGCUCGUGCCUAUUUAGAAUCAUUGCCACAUCGUACAAAAGUACCAUGGAAACAAUUAUAUCCAUAUGCUAGUGAAUCAGCACUAGAUUUACUGGACAAAUUAUUGUGUUUCGUACCAUCACGACGUAUAACAGUAGAAGAUGCUUUAGCUCAUACAUAUUUAGAACAAUACUAUGAUCCAACAGAUGAGCCUGUUUUUGAACAUCCAUUUAUUCAACAACCAGAUAAUUUUCCGAAAGAAAAAUUAAAAAUUCUUAUUUGGGAAGAAAUUCAAAAAUAUCGUAAUCAUAAAACAAUCAAUGAAAUGAUGUAUGUGAAUAAUACUACUAAUAAUAAUAAUGGUAGAAAUUCGGAUCAAACAGAUAAUCAAUGUGACAGAUUAAUCUCUGAAACAAUAGUACCAUCUAAUGAACAACCUUGAACUAAAAAAAAUUAAUCAAUCAGUUUUCGUUGUUUUCCUUCAAAUACACGAAAAAAAAUGUUAUCAAUCAAAUUAAAAACAAUGGACAAUUGAACAUUGAAUGGACUUCAUGAAAACCCCUGCGUUUUAUUUCCCGCGCUCUUUCUCUCUCUCUCUCUCUCUAGCUCUCAACAGAUUUUAUAAACAAGUCAAUCAAUCAAUUUGACAAUGAUAAUUGUAUAUUUUUUCAUUGUUCUCUACUACAGCUGUGUUUGUUUACAUUUUUCGGUUCUAUUUUUAUUAUUAUGUAUGCUUACAGUGAUUUCAUUCAACUUUUACUUAUUUCCUUGUAUGUUACGUUGAAUUGUUUCAAUAUUCAAUUGUAUACAAUUGUUUUAAUUAUUGGUCCAUAUAAUUUUCUUUGUGUCUAGAAAACUGCCUAUCUUGU